CGGAAGCAGCCGCGGGGUGGCGGGGCCGGGAGCGCGGCCGGGCGCGCAUGGGGGAUGCAGAGCGCCCCGCGGGGCGGGCGGCGCCGCCGGAGCCGCCGCGGCCGCCGCGCCUGAGCUGAGCGGCUCCGCCUCCGCGCGGGGGAGCGGCGGUGGGGCCGGCAGGGGAGCGCCAUCCCCGCGGCGGCCGCGGCCGCCCGUUCCCCGCGGAGGAGCAGGAGGAUGCGGGCCGGCGCCGGGCUCUGAGCGAUGGAGGGGGUCCUGUACAAGUGGACCAACUAUCUGGCGGGUUGGCAGCCUCGGUGGUUUGUUUUAGACAAUGGGAUAUUGUCAUACUACGAUUCCCAGGAUGAUGUUUGCAAAGGCAGCAAAGGAAGUAUAAAGAUGGCUGUGUGUGAAAUAAAAGUUCAUGCAACAGACAACACAAGAAUGGAGCUAAUCAUCCCAGGAGAGCAGCAUUUCUACAUGAAAGCAGUUAAUGCAGCUGAAAGGCAAAGAUGGCUGGUAGCACUGGGGAGUGCAAAAGCCUGCUUGGCAGAUACCAGAACAAAAAAAGAAAAAGAAAUAAGUGAGACCAAUGAAUCUCUUAAAACCAAAAUGUCUGAACUUCGUCUCUACUGUGAUCUUUUAAUGCAGCAAGUUCAUACAAUACAAGAAUUUGUUCACCAUGAUGAGACUCGCUCUCCUCCCAGCAUUGAGAACAUGAACGAAGCCUCUUCCUUGCUUAGUGCCACAUGUAAUACAUUUAUCACAACGCUUGAAGAAUGUGUGAAGAUUGCUAAUGCCAAGUUUAAGCCAGAGAUGUUCCAGCUGCCUCACCCUGAUCCCUUGGUUUCUCCUGUGUCACCAUCACCUAUUCAAAUGAUGAAGCGUUCCAUUAGCCACCCUGGUCCUUGCCAUUCAGAAAGAAUUAAUCACUCUGUAAAAGAACAAGGUUCAUCUCUUCACCGAUUUUCUCAGCGGCGCAGAAGGACAUACUCGGAUACAGAAUCUUACAGUGAUACACUUUCUGAAGAUUCACAGAGAUCUGCUCAUUGUUCUAGAAGUGCUGUCAAUGGAGACCUGGUAUCAUCAACCAUUCCUGAAGAAAGUAAAUCAGUGUCAAAGGAAAGAUCUGAACUGGAAGAGACUCUUUCAUCCUUUUCCUCCUGAAGCAACUGAAAGUAUUAAAUUUUCUAUAAAUAAUCCUAUGCAAAAGCUGCUGUAAUUAUACUGUUGUUAUAGGAAGUAGUUAUUUCCCUUUUUAGAAGGAUUUCUCUGCACUUUAUAGAAUAACAUAAAUACUAUCUUUGAAGUGUAUUUUAUCUUUAUAUAGUUUAUUUGCAAGAGUAUUUUCCUAAUAUUUCACAGUUUGAAUGUGCAUUUUUGGAGCAAUGAUGGCUUUAACAGAUAAGCAUCCACAUUUGUAAAUGCAGCUCUUUUUAAAAAGUGUGGAGGUCUGAUCGAUACGUUAGUAAACAAGCAUUAUAAACUUCAGCAAAACGUUUUCAGUUUUUUGGAGAAAAUGCAACUUGUGCCAUGGGCCUCGUGGUCAUUUGUACCAGGUCAUCCACCUGGAGCUGUGAUUAGCCCCACAAUGGCUUUUUUUUUGCCAGUGUAAGGGCUGUGGGAACGGGCACAAAUGGCUCUGCUCCAGCAGCUUGACGGUAAUUGACAUCGCCACCUUUAAAAACACGAGGAUAUACAUAAUCCAGUCCUUAUUUUUAGGCAAUGAAAGUAGAAAUAUUUAGUGUAUUUUUCUAAACAAAUGUAUAAAAAUAACUUAAUAUGAAGUAUUUGUACCAAACAUGGGAUAUUUAAUAGUUUUUAUUUAUUUAUUCUUUUUUGCAUCAAAAAUUUCUACGUACUUUCACUACUAAAGGUCUAAAGAUCUACUAAAAGCUUCAAAAUGUGCAUAAAUUGUUUCUGGGGUGUGUAGAAUCACAAAUAAUUAUUGCAGUGCUGUUAAGAUUUACUCUGCUUACUUAAGAUAUGUUUUUAGCAAAGUAUGAGAAAAACAAGAGCUGAAAUGUUAGACCAUUCUAAGCUGCUGUUGUAAUGAAUAUUUGUAUCUGUACAUGUUUUAUUUAUGACAUAUUUAUACAAAAGGGAGCGUCUGUUUUUGCAACUCCUUUAUAUCAUUUGAGGAUGGUAUACACCAGAAGAUGGAUUCUGCUCUCAGUUACAUCAGUGUAAAUUUGCAUUAACUGUGAGGUCAGAGUCUGACUCUCUUAAUGAGUAAUAUAGUAUAAUAGUGCCUACUAGCACCUUGGUCAAGAAGGUUGUUCAUGUUAGUAUUGUAAACUUUUGGGGACUUUUUGGGUGUUUGUUUAGAGAUGAACUUGGUCUAUGAAGUCUUAGCUGUAGAGCACUUUAAGCAAGCCAUUUACUGUUCUUGAUUUACACAAUUGCUAAAUAAAUGUACAGGGUUUUUUGUACUCAAGCACAUACCAAAAUCUGUUUUUAUAAUCAGAUCUUUAAUAUGGUUUAACUAGUCUUCCUUUUGUGUAUAUAAAUAGGUUGAAGCAGGCUGUAAAGAACAGAUGGGAAUGGGAGCUUUCCUUAUAAAUUUUUGGAAUGUUGAUUUAUCUUAAUCAAAAUAGGCCCAAAUGUUGAGGAAAACAUAAGAUCUGAUGGCCUUAUAUAAAAUGCCAGUUUAUAAACCAUUAUGUCAGGUUCAAGUGGAAUGGAAUGGUUUGUAAAAUGUGUUUGUGGAUACCAGCUCAGAGCUGUCAUUUGUGCUCAGUUCUGUCAGUUUUCAUGCAAACUGGCAUAUGCAUAUCAGCCACACACAUGCUUGUACAUUUUUUUUCUGAAUGUUUGCUUUAAUGUAUUCUGUAUGACACGACAAUUGUAAAAUAAGUGAUAAGAUGUUCAGAGAAGUAAACUACAUACUGCAAUGAGAGUGUUGUCUUGAAUAAUAUGCUGUCAGACGUGCUUUUUGAAAUUUCACUGAGGUUUCUGCCAGCUUCUGCAGUGUUAAUUACAAGUCACUAUGACAGAUGCCUUUUUCUGCUUUCAACUACUACAAAGUAAAGAGGUUGGACUCCAUGUUGUGCAAAAACUAAGUGAAGACUGAUUAGUGAAUGUAGUAGUAAGUAAUGAUUUUAAAUACUACCACAAGACAAAAGUUGUUGUGAUCAGAUCCAAGCACAAAAUUUACAUGUAAGUGCUUCAGUGUUGUUUUGGAUUUUUCUAGGUCCACAAAGCCAUCAUUUCAGCUUUAUGUAUAUAUGUGUGAUACGUUUCUAUUAAAUCAGCCUUUUUAUAGA